AUGACGGCUCUGCUUAACUUCGGUGCGAUGGUCCGUGUUUUGCUUCUUUUUACGUGCACAGUGACGUAUGCAAAGCCCUUUCUCCCGCAGCAGUUCACGAGUACUGCGCCUUCCAAGGGGGAAACAGGCGGUUUUGCACGGAUUAUAUACACGGGGACUGUUAUAGGGGAGAGAAUGUCUCCGUAUAUCUCUGUGCUGUGCCUGUACUACUCUCUGGAGUCUAUUGUUCGCCUGUUCAUAUAA